AUGUAUAUAUUGUUGAUUAUAUCUGUAUUGAAUUUGGUUGUGAAUGGUAAGAAGUCAAAAGUUAAUUUUAAUUUUUGUGUUACCCUACCCUACCCUACCCUACCCUACCCUACCCUACCCUACCCUACCCUACCCUACCUUACUCUACCCUACCCUGCCCUACCCUACCCUACCCUACUAUUUUAACUCAUCGUAUCUUAUAUUUCCUUAUCAUACCUCACUUUACCCCACCAUAUCUUACUGUCCCCACCCUACUCUACUGUGUCUUAAUCUACCCUAAAUCCUUAUACAAUACCUUACUCGGCUUUGCCUUACCCUACCCUACUCUACCUCAUAAAAUAUUAUUCAUUCUUUACAUUAAACUUCUUUUUUAGUAGUAACAUCAUGUACAUGCAGUGGUACAAACUUAUCAAUAGACGGAGAAGAAACGUGUUUUCAAGUCGUUGAAGACUCAGGCGGUUCAUGGUCGUCGGCCGACAAAAAAUGCUCAAAUUUGGGUGGAUUUCUGGCACAUGUCACGAAUAAAACAUUGUUGACGGAUUUGAAAAGUCUGGUCAAUUCUGUAAGACAAAACUUGUUUUGUAUAUCUUAUGUUGUUGUUCAAAGCUUCACUACACUACUAUCUUUUUUUUGUGGUGGCACAUUUGUAUUUACGUUUAAUAGUUUGUUUUUUAUGUUACUUUGUUCUACGUUACAAUGUUCAAAAAAAUUUUUAGAAACUGCAUUUCACAGCGAAUUCCGCAAAUUUUAAUUAUUAUAAUAUAAAAAAGGUUUAUGUACUGUUGAACUUUAUAUAUUAAUCCGGAAUUACAAUAUUUAUUAUUUGCGAAAUUUGUUACAAGACAUGGCUCAUUUAUUUUUGAACAAUUCAAUAUGUCAUAGACGUCGCUGCGGAUUUUUUCUGAGGCAAAGGAGAGGAAUAAAAAUUAAAGGUCUGAAGCUAUCCGUGCACUCAAUAUCAAAAAAAUUUUUUUUUGAUUUUACGGGGGUACCUACGUACCUACCUGUAUAUUUUUUUUCUGUUUCGUUCUAUGAGGGUGGAGCGGACCUAUUUUCUUUUACCUCUUUUCUUCUUCUUUUUCCUUGUCCGCUUCUCUUUCUAGAAACGUUCUAGGUUGUGCUUGCUAAUAUUAUAUUAUUAUAUAUUGAUAAUAUAAUAGUUAAAAAGAUCAGAAUAAGUUUGGGACUAAGCUGACAAGUCGUAUUUUACCUUUUUCUAUCUUGAUUUUAUCGAUUUGUGUUGUUUUACUUUGUUUUUUUGCUAUUAUAAAUUAUUGUUGUUCUUCUUCUACUGUACCAUCAUUUCCCACUUUAUAUUAUAAUAAGGGUUAUCCUAUUGUCAGUCUAUAUUAUGUUUAACAGAGUUCAAGCCGUUACAUGGUUGGUCAUGUGGUGGGUAAUGUGGAGUACAAUAUGAUCGCUUACAUGUGUCCUAACAAUGCCUAUAAGUCAUUGAUGAACGAUAGUACUAUCAGUCAAGUUGCUACUGGGGUAACUCUUUUAAAUUAAAAAAAUUUUAUUUUUUUAUUUGAAAUCUUGAAAUUUUUGUUUUCAAAAUGCUAGGAUAUGCGGUAUUUUAAAAUUUUUUGAAAAACCUAUACUAAAUAAAAUUUUUUUUAGAACGCCACGACCAACAGUACAUGCAUGUUCUUUGAAACAAGCGACUCCAAACUUCAUUACGGAAAUUGUAAUCAGCAAUCGGAUGUUAUCUGUCAGAUUCGUAAGUAGCUUAGCGUUUAGCAACAAGAUUAAAUACAGGAAUCUUUAACCCAGUUUUUGCAAUUUUAAAUUCUUUGAAUUUUUAUUAAACUUCAAUUUUAAAAAUAGCAUUUUUAAAUAAUACCAAAAAUGAAAUUUAAACAACUUCUUUGAAAAAAACGUAUUUUGUAAUGCACAAGGAGGUGCAAACUUUUUAUAUAGAAGUAUCAUGUAAUUAGAAGAUCUUCAACAAAGUACUUGCUUGUUACCGUCAAACUUGAGAAAAUCCAAAUCAAAUAAUUACGUUUUGAAUGUUUCGCUAAAUUGGCAUUAGGUUUCAAGCUAAUAACUUUGCCAUUUUUAGACUUUUAAGAAUUUUUCUUUGAUAUACUAGUAGACAACUAUUAAGUGAACCUACAUUUUUAAAUUUGCAAGCGUAGCUUGUAUAGAAAGUCGAAAAAAGUGCUUGAAACACAAUGCCAAAUUUACCAAAUUUCCGAGCACUAACUAUUUUGAUCCUAAAACUUAACAGUGCGGGAUAAAACUUUUUAUAGGUACUGUUAAUAGCACAAAGGAUUUAUCUAAAAAAUUUUGAGCUGAUUUUGUGUGGGGCAGGUUGGGUUCUUUCUUUGUAAGAUGUAUCAUGUAUAAGGUAUCAUUAACGAUAACACCAAUAUUUUAUGACAGUUUACCUUGUUUUAACCUUUAGAAAAGCAUCACCAUAAAAUAUUUUCUUGUCAAAAAUUCGCAUUUUAAAAAAAUUUUUUUGCAACAACUUCCAGCUUCAAAUCUGCAUUCUUUUGUCUAGCACUUGUUCUUAAGCGUACUCACUUUGUAGCUAUGGAAACGACGGAUUAUUGUGGAAUUAUGUGUGGAGGUGUUACGGCUUCUUCCACAGUAAAAGCAACUUCAAACACUACCGUACCUGGCGCAAAAACUACCGUAUCUGGCGCAAAAACUAUCGUAUCCAAUUCAAAAACUACAGUAUCCGACUCAAAAACUACCGUAUCCAGAACUAAAGACGACUGUGACUGUAGUGGAGUGACAAAAGAGAUUGAUGGGAUAAACACUUGUUUAGAGGUUCAGAGUGGCAGCGGAGGGUCGUGGAAGAGUGCUGAUCAGAAGUGUUACAAAAGCGAUGGAUACUUAGCUCAUAUCAGAGAUGACACCAUGUUGGAGACAAUUCAGAGCUAUAUUAAGACGGUAUAGCUAUGUCAUACAUGUUUUUUGUUUAAAAUAGGGAUGAGAAACCAGUUGGGAUGUGUCUUCUUUUGAGGCCCGGUCUAGGCCCGGGGCUGAACCUGGCUUCCGAACCGGCCGGGUUUUAGGCAGGCCGGGCUGGAACUGGUCAUUUGACCCAGUUCGAAAGCCAGGUUUACCCGGGGCGCAACUUCUAAGUCCGGUCCUUUCAACUUUAGCUCAAGGCCGGGUUGGCCUUACUCGGCUUGUUUCUCAAAUUCAGUUGUCACGUGUUGACAAUGUUAUGGUAUUUUGAUCCUUUUUUCUAUGUUAUACUCUAUAACACAUUGCUUUUACUAUUUAAGUAUACUAAUAUUCUUUUACUGUAUGUUUACUAUGUGGUACUGUAGUUUCUUAAUCUUAUUGUUCUUCUUAACUACUAUCUUUUUUAAAACAUUUUCAUACUGUGAUAAAUAGUAUAGUCACUUUUGCAGUGCCAAUUCAUCAACUAUAAUUAUGAUUUGUUUGCUAUGUUGCACACUAAGCAUGAUACAAAAAUAAAAAUAUGUCUUUUCAGAGUUACAAACAGCCAAUAAUGGUAGGACAUGUAGUUGGCAAUGCAGAAUAUAAUUUGAUUGCUUAUAUGUGCCCCAAUAACUCGUACAAAAGUUUGGUCAAUAAUACUCUUAUCAACGAAACUAUCAGUGGGGUAAGUGAAUAAUACUCUUGUUGGUUAUGUGUUCAACUUAGAUUUUUACAUUAAAAAUUUUUUUAUAUGAUAAUUUCGUUAUAGAAGAGCUUGUUAUACAAGAGUUUUACUGUACUAAAACUUUAAAUUUAUUUCAGACAUCCGGAACCAAUGAAACUUGUCUGUUCAUCGAAGAUUCUGAUUACAAGUUGCAUUAUGGCACGUGUACACAGGCUUCGGAUGUUCUUUGUGAAAUACGUAAGCUAUAAUAUUAAUACUUUAUGACAUAGUUUUUUUGUUUUGAGAGAGGAAUAUCCUGAAAGGGGGGGGGAGCUAAUAGUAAGAAAGAGACCGGUUCGAGAUAACUAUUGACGCCCGGCUUACAAGGAAGGUACCCGACCUGCAACGCUCAGAUUCCGUUCAAACUUUUUUUAGUGAAAGGUCAUGUAAAUGUAAGAUGUUAUGCAAAAUUCUAAGUUGCGGUUUGCGGCCAGUCUUGAGAAAAUCGAGAUCGAAAAAUCGCGUUUUGAAUUUCCCGCCAAAUUGGCAUUGUGUUUCAAGCUUAUAACUUUGCCAUUUUUUGACUUUUAAUCAUUUUUCUUUAAUGUGCUAGUAAAAAACCUUUAAAUGAACCUACAUUUUUAAAUUUGUAAGUUUAGCUUGGCUAAAAAGUCGAAAAAAGUGCUUGAAACACAAUGCCAAAUUUGCCAAAUUGGCGGGAAAUUUAAAUAUUUAAAAUUUAAAACUCAAAAGCGCAAGCUAAAAUCUUUCAUAGGUACUAUUGGUACUACAAAGAAUCCGUAUAAAAAUUUUGAGCUGAUUUUGAGAGUUGCAGGUUGGGUACUCCCCCUGUUAGCCAGAGGCUUAGUGUUUAUGUUUGGCCUGUUUUUAUUUUUUGUCAGGCCAGCCCAGGAAAUUAUGAGAAGCACAGAAUCAUUUGAACAAGCUAAUAAUUUUUAAAUUUAGCGUUAGAAAACGAUUCACGUUGCGGAGUAAUGAAGACAUGUUCAUCAACAGCCAUGCCCAAAACAACUUUGUCUUCGUCACAAGUUGGCUCUUUUGAUUCUAACAACAAUAACACCAAAACUAAUGUCAAGAACAGCGUAAACAACAGUAAUUCGACCACUAAUUCUAACAGUACCAGCAAUAGUAGUACCAACAAGAACUCUAGUACCAAUGGUAGUACUGAAAAUAGUGAUAACAGCAAUGAAAGUGAUAGUACUAAUAACAACUCGAAUACAAAUAGUACUAAUAGUGCCAGUCGUAAAAACAUUACUAAUGGUGCUAGUAGUACAAACAAUAAUUCAUCUGAAGAUACGACGAGUAAUAGCAGUAAUAAUAGCGAUAGUCAAAGCAGUAGCUCAAGUAAUAAGUCUAACUCUUCAUCUUCAAGUAGUACCAAUACUAACUCAAAUAGUACUAGUAAUACCAACAGUCAAUCUACCAGAAGCAACAUUAAUUCUACUAACAACAACAGUAGUAAUAAUGAAUACGAUAGUAAUAAUGUAAUGUCAAACUACGAUGAUGACAAUCCAGAUGGUACAUAUGACAAAGAAGAAACUAUUGGGCCAAGUAAUAGUGGCAAGUAUAGUAAUGACAGUAAUAAUGAAUAUGACAAAAAUGACAACAAUAAUAUGAAUAACAACAUGCAGAAGAGCCAGAGUAAUAUGCUACAACAUUCAUCAUCAAAUUCAUCGAUCGAAGACCUUCUAAAUCAGUCUGAUUACAACUUUAAUGAUACAGAUAUGUCAUUCAAUGACACAAACAACAAUCGGUCAGAUUAUGAUAUGAUAGGCAAGUUUGGUCAUAAUCAACAUAAUGGUCAUGAUGACAAUAAUCAUCUUGAGUGCUACGGUAAUGGCUACAACCGAGUAGGAAAAUACUGUGUAAGAUGGUGGAUAUGGUUUAUUGUCGGUCUGUUAAUAUUGGCUAUGGCAAUUUGUAUUUGUGGCGUUGGGUGUUACUUCUGUGGGCUGAAUAUGUGCAGAAGGUAAGUGUAAUAUCUAUUUAGUUGUUUAAAUUUUUAAAACCUCUUUAGUAUAUAUGACCCUCUAUAGUAUGACACCUUUUUUAUAACGACAGCUUUUUGACUUUGUAACAAAACUUCUAUCAAAAAGCACCUGAAUAGUGUGACACUCUGUUAUAAUGGCACUUUAAUGCAGUCUUUUGAGUGUUAAACUAAAGAGGUUUGAUUGUACAUGAUAAAACCUUAUACAUGUAAUAUUUGCGAAUUUAGAAACCGCAACAACAUUGUGAUACUAGAACAACCAACGCAGAGCAUCGUGGUUGAAAAGCUAAGGCCUACAAGUACAAUUACUACUGGUAAGUUGUUUUUAUCGCAAGUUUAUUAUACAAAAGUUACUGACAUUUAUUAUAUACUGUAGGAUUCCUGUAUAACAAAUCGCUUGAAAUUUUAAAACGGUUUAUUAUAAAAAAGUUUUGUUGUAGUAGGGUUUUGUUAUACAAGAGUUUUACUGUAUAAUAUAUGUUUUAAUAACUAAAUUGACCAUAAAAAUUAGAAAAUUAUUCUAAACUCUCUUUUUCGUUUAGUUGUGGAGACGAUUGAAGUAAUCGGCAACCGUAAGUCAAACCAUAGUAGACUGAAGUCGUAGAACGCUAAUACUGAACUCACACUAAACACAUAGGUUACAGUGCUUACACCAAACGUAGAAAACAUAGCACUAUAUUAUAAAUAAUAGUACUGAAAACUUUCAGGACACGGCCGGCCAUCCAUACUUUACGACGUAGCAGUAGCUGAAACAAUAAUUCCUGAAGAAAUAAUACCCCCGAAGCCAUAUUAUGCUACCAGUCCAAUGAUGAUGAUUGGAUCGGGCGAGUUUUCCGACCGUUCAAUGUCACUUGGCAUGGGUGGUGAGUUAUUAUAUUUUUGCAGUACAUACGGCAACAACAUAUAUCUUGCUAUUAGAAGUUACAGUAACUUUGAGGUCCUUGUAAAAUACGACAAAGGACACACGUUUAUCAAAAUGGUCAUUUUUAAAAAAAUUAUGUUACAGACAACCGGCUGUAUUCCCCAAGCGACAGAAUAACGCAUGAGAACUUGACUGGACCGAAAUUAACGUUACCAACAAAGUAAGUUCACCCACAUACAUUAAUAUAUCUAAGAUUCAAAAUUUGUUACCUAAAUAUCCAAACUUUUUAGUGGUCCAUAUGAUGAACGUCUACCAACAGGAGCUACGGCUUUGAUCCCACCUCCAGUAGUUCAAGCGGAAUCCGAUAAUAUACCAUCAAUGUCCGAUGGUAUACCAGUACGGACGUUUGAUAGAGCACCAGGCAGAUCGCCUACACCUAGCGAUGAAGACUUCAGCGACGGUAUUAGAGAGUUCAAUCGAAAUGGCAUUGGACGACAAGGGGGACGGUUUUGA